AUGGGAGAUAUUUGCAUCAAGGUUGUCAACUCUAAGUUACAUACCCUAAAUAGAAUAAUAUGUAAGAUCUUAAUGUGAGUCAACAGAUGAGAGAGUUCAAUAAACUUUAUGAUGUUGCCUAUUGAUGACAUCAAAGUCAUCUUUGGUAAGUGCAACUGAUGUCAUCUAUUAGAGUAGGUGCAUGCUUAAUGAAAGUAACACCAUCACACCAAAUGGGACAACAAGAAACAUGGCUAUAGUGAUACUAUUGCAUAGCCUUGCACAACUCUUAGAAAACUUGUACAACAUUUUGCUGACGUCUCUCCAGCUAUGAGAUCACCCCCAUUACAAGGUGAAGCAUGAGAUUGAGUUUGUGCCUAGUGUGUGCUCACCAGAAAAUGUGCACCCAACACAAGGAUGGUAAUGUACCUCAAGGGGGUACGUUGACACCUUGAUGACUUGUUAGAUCUGAUAUGUUCUUCUAAAUAAAGGAUAAGUCACUUACACUAUACGUAGAUUAUUAGUUAGUUAAUAGGUUAAUGGUAAAUAACAAGUACCAUGUGUCUGAUGUGAAUGAAUUGUUCGACUAG